GAUAACAAGGUGUAGAACUGGGUGAACACAGCAGGCCAAGCAGCAUCAGAGGAGCAGGAAAGCUGACGUUUCGGGAAAGAGAGAGAUGCACUUUAAAGUGCCCAGAAUGUCUCCAUUACUUGCCCACCUUGUUGCUGUCCCUCAGUGUACCCUGGACUGAGACAAAGUCUUAGGGACUAGUUUUGAUCACUUUAGAGUAGGGUGGGGACCCACCAGAAGUCAGCUCCACUUGUCCGAUGUUGCAUCUGUGCCCGCUGAGUGAGUCGCUGCUGAUCAGUAACUCCCGGUCCGCCUGCGACACCGACCUGCUGUGCAGGGAACGGGUGACUUUCUGUAUCAACGUAUCGAAGCAGCAGCCGUUCCCGGCGCUGAAGAUCAGCGGCAUGCGGGUGCCGGUCUUUGACGAGCCGGCCGAGAAUCUCUACAAGUACUUCGACCGGUGCGCGGACGCGAUCGAAGACGCGGGCAAGCAGGGAGGCAGGACCCUGGUCUACUGCAAGAACGGCCGGAGCCGCUCAGCGGCGAUCUGCACCGCUUACUUCAUGAAGCACCGCUCCCUCUCCCUGCAGGAGGCGUUCGGGCACCUGAGAUCAGUCAGGCCAGCGGUAGAACCCAAUGAGGGAUUUUGGGAGCAACUUCAACGAUAUGAAAGUGAACUUCAAUCCAGGCAGACUGGGGCUAUUUCUUCAGCCAGUGGAUAAAUAUGUCAAGUAGCACAUCAGCCUUUGCUCUGAAAUAGUUCCCUUGAGACUUGCUUCACUGAUAUUAAGAGAGAAUCCAUACCGAAUGCUACUGUCAUUCAGUUAUUUUGCCUUAUGAUGUCAUCAUGAUUUCAUCUGGUCGUAAUGUAUGAUAUCGUCGUUCUAUAAUGCAUUGUGGUCAAGUUCUGCUGAUCCUGUAUUAGUAUCGACCUAUUGUAACAAAGUAUUCUGGGGCUGGAGGGUUUACACAAGGGACGGGUCAUGAGUUUAUUGGCCCUUCCAACAUUGCACAUUAAUGUCCAUCUCCAGCCUUUUGCCUCCACAUUCUUUACACAUUUGUCACUUCUCAAACCUGCGCAUAUCGUUCCCGGAACACCAUUUAGAAUCCUUCCGAUUAAAUUUUGACCAAGCCAAAACAGCUCCUAUUUAAAAUAAAACCCAAAUGAUAUCCUGUGUAAAUGUGACAAAUUUGCCGAAUGUCUCCUCAUCCUUCUCAAUCUGAUUGCAGCCUUUGAUACAAUGAUCACUCCAUUAUCCACCAGUGCCUGUCCAUUGUUAUCCAACUAGGUGGAACGAUACUCUCCUGGCUGAAUACUUUGCUUGCCAGAGAGUCAUGUCAAUGGCAUUUUGUCCUGUCCUGCACCAUCACCUCUGUAGUCCACGUAUUCUUGGUCCCUCCUAAUUCUCAUCCAAAUGCUGCCUGCUGGUGAUAAGAACUAAAUCCACAUCAGUUGCCAGAUAUAAACUGACAACACCCACCACUUGGAUCGACUUUUUCCAUCUCCGUAAGAUCGUCUGCCUCAAAUUAUUGUUUUCUGAAACCCUCCCUCAUUGAUGACUUUGUUCCCUCUAGACUUGACUACUCUGAUUCAGCCUUGCCUGACCACCUGCAUUCCACCCUUUGUAAACUCCACAGAUCAAAGCCGAACUUGCUGGGUCUAUUUUAACUCACACCAACUUUCUUUCACCCUUCUCCCCUGUGCUUGCAGACAUUCAUUGGCACUCAAGGAAUUCCUCAAUUUCCGAAUUCUCAGCCUUGUUUGAAAAUCACUUGAUCACCUUGCCCCUCCGGACCUCUGUAUAUUCCUCCAGCCUCUCCAACCCACCGAGAUUAUUUUGUUCCUCCAGUUCUGGUGCCUUGUGCGUUCCUGAUUUUAAUCACUUCACUGGAGGUUUUGACUGGAUCAUCUUGAAUUCCCUCCCUUCAGCUCUCUGCCUCAGUUUCCUCCUUGACAUUCCUUAGAACCUAACUCUUUAUCUAAUCUUUCUAUUAUUCCUGUGAUGCCUCCUUAUGCAGCUCAGUGUCAAGUUUGAUAUUACAUUGCUCCUGUGAAGCAUCAUGUGAUACUUCAUUGCCUUAAAAGCAUGAUGUCAUUUCAGAUUGUUGUUGAUGUUACAGGACAAGUGCUACAAUAUGUUUUAGUUGUUCAUGGUGUACUUUGUUUGCCGGAAAAAAAAUGACAAACAGAGGUUUUGUGGAGCAUUGGAUCCAGAAAGACUAAGCUCAAGUCUGACUCUAAGACUCAAUGCCCAAGGAAGAUGUGUCAUAAUGUGGCCAAGCAGAUUGGAAUUAACCUGAAAAUCCUUUCAACGCAGGACAGUAGCAUAGCUGGGAUGGAUUCCUGGUCAGACAUAUUUUGGAAAGGAAUUAGGGUUUCUACCAUCGCUAUCUAUAACUCUAAGUGACAAUAUGCAUGUAAACUAGUGUUUUGGCACAGCAGCUCAGCCUCUUUGGAGAGCUGGUUUGGAUCAGAUUAGCACCAACAGCAUAGAUUCGAACCCCCUUCCGGCUGAAAUGGAUUUGGGGACCUUCCGGGGUGGAGAUCACAGUAUUAUCGAUCAGACCUGUCUUUGGGCAGAGAUUUGAAGAAGGAGAAAACAAUAGCUACUUUUGCAUCCAUUUGUCAUAUCCUGUUCAUCACUGAAUUAAAACUCAGGUGACAACCAACUACAAAUUCUAACUUACGUUUCCGUUUGGCCACCUUUCUGUCCUUUGGUUUGAUUCAUCUUGCAAUGGUGAUAAUACAGUGUCUCCCUCUACAAAACUUCAAUUACGCAGCACUGCCCACAUUUCCUCAGCACUAUUGUUGAAAACUAGCAUCAUGUUUUGUUUCUUGAGUUAUUCCUUUUGCAGAACUCAAAAACAAUUUUAACUUCUUGCUUCUUCUGCUAACUUGAAUGCACCUGCCUUUAAAACUUAACUUGGCAUAAAUUUGUCAUAUUCUACCAUAUAUUCCUGUUUGACACAAUAUUGGUGCUGUCCUGGACCAUGUUUCAUGAAAGUUUAUGUCUGAUCCCUCAGCAAUUAACUGAAAGUGAACCAACAGGACCACACUAUCAAACGCACACUUCUCAUUGUUGGCUGUCACACCCUAUUUAUCAGGGCUACAACAAUUUAUGAUUUUGAAUGGCUGGAUCAAAUUAACCUCUUAACUAUCCCUUGAUCGAAGAAGAAUAAUUUCUGCCUAGCCUCUCCACAUAAAUGAAGCCUCUUACUCUUAGUAUCCCUCAGGUAAAUUUUCUCUGCCCUCUCACUAUUGCCUUGACAUCCAUCUAAGCUUAUAUGUGAUGCCCAGAUACUCCAACAGGGUCCAAACCAAUGAUAUGUAGAGGUUGACCCAAAGGAUUUGCAACAUCUGACCUGAAAACGUGGAUCCAUUUGCCUGCAUGACUCAAACAGGCCUUUAAAGGAAGGCCAAAUCUUCUGAUGAGAAUAGGUGGGAGAAUGUUUAAAUUCUUGUGGCAUUUCUGCAAGAUGGCAGCAGAGUAGGCUCGUCCACGCCAUCCGCUCGUCUUCUCUUUUUUUCUUCUUUUCUCGUUUAAUUUAAAUUAUUUUUCUAUUAACUUACCGUCUGGAGAGAGGCAGUGGUAUCGGGCUGGCUAAAUCAGGUGUGUCUGCUAGAUGGAUAGUGUGAGGUAGUCGCUAGGUGCCUGACCCAGGACUCUGGGUGAAUUCCCGAUGCCUGGUGCGCAGACUGAAGUCAAGGCCGAGGACCGACGCGUGGACCAAGGCGAGACCUGGCGCAGAUACUGCCUGGAUCAGGGCUUUGGCGGAUCUGAGAUCCCAGGAGUGAGCCCAACUUGGCGAUGGAGGUUCUCCUGACAUCUGCAGUGACGAUGAGAGCAGGGGAGACCGAGCCAGCGCAGGGAAAGCGUGCGAAAGAGGAGAUCGAGCUCUUGUAGGAAGUGCAGUCACAGCAUGGCUAAGCACAUAAGGAAACCUGUAAUGGUUGAACUUUUAGCUUUAUUUCUUGACUUAAUACUAAGAAGGACUGUAAUGUGUAAUACCGUGUGUGGCGACAUUAAAAACUUUUCACUGUACUUCUGUACUUGAGUACA